AUGGCUGCGGACCGUGACACGCCUGGUCACGUGGGACGGCGCGCGCCGCGCCGCCCCCCCCCCCCCCCCCGGUGCCCCCGGCCGCCCCCCUCUGUCCCCCCCCCGCGGCAGCCGCGCGCGCCCCCGGUGCCCCCGAGCGCUGUGACUCGGUCCGGUGCGUCCCGCCGGUUCUUAAAGGGACAGGCACCCCCCCGCGCACCCCCCCGCCGCGGCCGCCCCGCGCCGCGGAAAACAAAGAGGCACCGGAAACAGCGGCGGCGGGGAGGGGGCCGGCCCGGCGGGAGGCGGGCGGGAGGGAGGGAGGGGAGGGCCGGCGGCGGGCCGGCGGGGGGGGGGGGGCAGGCCCGGGCCCGGCGUCGGCGAACAAAGAGCGGCGGGAGGGAGGGGCGGGGGCGCCGCAGCGGCACCGGAGCGGCGGCCCAGGCUAUCGGUGCAGAAUUCAAGGUGCUGGUGUCUUGCCCUGCCUGGAGCCUGAGGUCCCGUGUGCCCAUCCGCCUCCCGACGUCACCAAUGCGACCAUGGGAACUGGCAGUGAAUAGGCGGCCGCCCUCUGCCCCUUUUGCCCAGCGCCGUUUCUCGGGGGGACCCUGCAGCAGCCCCGACCACCUCCGGCGAAGCCCCUCUGCCAGGCGUCAGUGGGGACGACGCGAUCGACCUCUGGCAACCCUGCUGGGCCAGGAUGAGCCCCAGGUGCACCCUGCCUUCCCCCAGCAGCCGCACAUCCCUGUAGAUGAGCCCCGCGCCUACGCUCUUCCCAGCACGCCGCCACGAAUGCUUCACCCAGCCUCUCACCCACCCCACCAGAACCCAUUCAUGGUGGAUCUGCAUGACCAGGUGCACCAGGGACCUGUCCCUCUCUCCUACACGGUUACCACCGUAACGACGCAAGGCUUCCCCAUCCACGCUGGCCAGCACAUCCCUGGGUGCAGCACCCAGCAGCUCCCAGCAUGCUCAGUGAUGUUCAGCGGACAGCACUACCCGCUCUGCUGCCUCCCACCCCCGCUGAUUCAGGCAUGUGCCAUGCAACAACUUCCCGUCUCCUACCAGACAUUCCCCCCCAUCAUCUCCAGCGACCAUUACAUCCUGCACCCACCCCCGCCGCCAGUGCCCCCCCACCAGCCGCCCCACAUGGCCCCCCUGGGGCAGUUUGUACCUCUCCAAGCCCAGCAUCCACGUAUGCCUCUGCAGAGGAUAGACAAUGACGUGGACCUGCGAGGGGAGCAGCACCCCAUCGCAGGCUUCACAUACCCUCCGUCUCACCACGCUCCCACGCUGUCGCCCUCCAUGCCGCUGCAUUACCUCCCCCACGACCCGCUGCACCAAGAACUGCCAUUUGGCGUGCCAUACCCCCAUAUGAUGCCCCGGCGGCUGAACACCCAGCGGUACCGGCUGCAACAGGCGCUGCCCCCACCGCCACCCCCUCCGCCGCCUCCUCCCUACUAUCCGAGCUUCCUGCCCUAUUUCCUUUCUAUGCUUCCUGUGUCGCCAACGGCCGUGGGGCCCACGAUCAGUUUAGACCUGGACGUGGAUGAUGUGGAGAUGGAGAAUUAUGAGGCACUCCUGAACUUGGCCGAGCGGCUGGGGGAGGCCAAGCCACGGGGACUCACCAAAGCAGACAUCGAGCACCUCCCGUCCUACCGCUUCAACCCCGAGAGCCACCAGUCUGAGCAGACCCUGUGCGUUGUGUGCUUCAGCGACUUUGAGGCCCGGCAGCUUCUCCGCGUCCUGCCCUGCAACCACGAGUUCCACGCCAAGUGUGUCGACAAAUGGUUAAAGGCAAACCGCACGUGCCCGAUCUGCCGGGCGGACGCGUCGGAGGUGCAGCGGGAGGCGGACUGAGGCUGGCGGGCGCUGUGCCGCACAAUUCGCUAGAGGACAAGGACGCCGGGCUGGGGCGGGGGCUGCUGCCCGCUGCUAGGGCCUGACCCUGCGCUUACCCCCCCUCCCCAAAGCCUCUCCUCGGAUGUGGUGAGCAUUGAGCAGUCUGGGCUCCCGGCCAGCCCUCCUCCUCCCCGCCGGGGCACGGACUCAGCCGGACGCCUGCCCGCUGCGCUCCCAGGGCCCCGAAUCGUGUUGUGCUGGAGGCGGGAGGUGCGUGGCCAUGCCCUCUGCGCUCCAAAGACGCUGUUGUUGCUCCAUCA